GGAUCCGAGCUGCUCUGCUCUGUUGACACUACAUAUAAAAACUUGCACAUAAUAUUGUGCAUAAUUUAUAUUGUUGCAGGACGAAAGAGUUGCGUCUACCAUCGCAGGUGAUUGCCGACGCUCCACUUGGACCAUGAUUGCAAACUGUGAGAGGAUCUAUUUAUCUCCAUCUUGUCACCUUUAAAUGAAAGUGUGAGUGGAUUCCAAACGAGACAUACGCUAAAAUAUCACACUUGAGCAGAAAUUGAACUCCCAAAGCUCCUUUUUUAUUUUGUCUUGCUGCGCGCCUGAGGAGCGCAGCGUCUUUUUUUUGGGCUGCGGUGCUGUUUGCUGAAGAGCUUCUACUCUCCAGCUGAGUUUUUGUUGACUUUCUAAAAAGUGCACCCACAACUCAGGAUAGGGCUUAAAUGUUUGGGAUCCAGGAGCAUUUGAUGCGAGAAGUGAGCGGAUUAAAAGAGAGAAGUCUUGGAGAGGAUAUGGAUCCAGUCCGCUCUUGGGUGCGCAACGUCGGGGUGGUGGAUGCAAACGUCGCUGCGCAAAGUGGAGUGGCCCUCUCCAGAGCCCACUUUGAGAAGCAGCCUCCUUCCAAUCUCCGCAAGUCCAACUUCUUCCACUUUGUGCUGGCGCUCUACGACAGACAUGGGCAGCCUGUGGAAGUGGAGAGGACAGCCUUUGUGGACUUUGUGGAACACGACAAGGAGCAGACUGGAGAAAAGACCAACAACGGCACUCACUACAAGCUCCAGCUCCUCUAUAGCAACGGGGUUCGUACAGAGCAAGAUCUUUAUGCACGACUUAUCGACUCUGUUACAAAACAGCCUAUUUCAUAUGAGGGCCAAAACAAGAAUCCAGAAAUGUGCAGAGUUCUGCUUACACAUGAAGUCAUGUGCAGCCGCUGUUGUGAGAAGAAAAGUUGCGGUAACCGAAAUGAGACGCCCUCUGACCCAGUCAUCAUUGACAGGUUCUUCUUGAAGUUUUUCCUGAAAUGCAACCAGAAUUGUCUGAAGACGGCGGGAAACCCCAGGGACAUGCGGAGAUUUCAGGUGGUCCUGUCGAGUACCGUGAGCGUGGAUGGCCACGUCCUUGCGGUGUCAGACAACAUGUUCGUCCACAACAACUCUAAACACGGUCGAAGGGCUCGCAGACUGGAGCCGGGCGAGUCAGUGGAGAAUACCAUGGAGUACGCCACCCCUUGCAUAAAAGCCAUCAGCCCCAGUGAGGGCUGGACUACAGGCGGGGCCAUGGUCAUUGUCAUUGGGGAGAACUUCUUUGAUGGAUUACAGGUGGUGUUUGGAAGCAUGUUAGUUUGGAGUGAGUUGAUCACACCACACGCUAUCCGUGUCCAGACUCCCCCUCGUCACAUCCCAGGCGUCGUGGAGGUCACAUUGUCUUAUAAAUCCAAACAAUUCUGCAAGGGAGCCCCUGGACGCUUCAUCUACACAGCCCUGAAUGAGCCAACUAUAGACUACGGUUUCCAGCGUCUCCAGAAAGUCAUUCCACGACAUCCCGGUGACCCAGAAAAAAUGGCAAAGGAAAUUUUGCUCAAGAGAGCAGCAGACCUUGUGGAGGCUCUGUACGGGAAUCCACACAGUAAUCAGGACAUGUUGCUAAAAAGAGCAGCCGACAUUGCAGAGGCCCUCUACAGUGUCCCCCGCCCUCACAGUCAGCUGCAGGCGCUGCCCAGCUCACCAGCCCAUGGCAGCGUCAUGGGUUUGGGUUCCUACCCAUCCCAAUUAGGUGUCAGCAUCGGGGAGCCAGGACAGAGCAGCCAAGGAUAUAUUCGCAACUCCAGCAGCUUAUCUCCAAGAGGUUACCCCUCAGCUUCCACACCUCAACAGUCAAGCUAUGGAGGAAGCGGAGGUAUGACAGGAGGCUAUGGAACCGUUCCCAUGACAAGUCUAGGAGUUCCUGGCUCUCCCGGCUUCAGCAGUGCAUCCCCCACUGGAUCGCCCUACAUAAUGCCCUCCAGCCCGACCAUACCAGGAAGCUCCAGCUCAUCAUCUCUCUUGCCGUUCUCCUCUUUUCCAUCUGCCACUAAACAGAAGAGUGCUUUUGCACCCGUGCUCAGGCCACAAGGCUCCCCUUCUCCUGCCUGCCCCACCUCAGGGGGGAACAGCUUCAGAGGUAGCCAUUCGACUCACUAUCUGACCCCGCUCUCUGAACUUACGAAUGCAGUCUAACCCCUUCCUAACCACAAACAGCUUUGAUUGAGCAAGACACAGAAAGUUGCUGGAUGUGCAGUACAUUAAUGCAAGAUUAGAAUCAUAGACUUUGCAUAUUUUUUUCUCUCCAGCGAUGACGGGCCUGGUUGUCCCCCCGAUGUAGCAAAUCUGCCCCAGACCACUGCUUCACUUAAUCCCCUCCUUUGGCACUAAGAGGGCAGGGAAAAAUGGGAAGUUGAUCAAUUGCAACCAUAACUAACUUUGCUCCCUUCGCCCAUCCAGCCAUUUCUUAGUCCCCUGUCAACCAGGCGGAUGAAACUAUCCAAAGACAAGACAUCUGUCCCAGAGGCAGAGGAGAUUACGCCAACCAUAGCGGCAGGCAGACAGUGCUUCUUAGCUAAACAGACUGGAUCAUACCACAUUAUGUGAUGAAGGAAGAAAAGUGGUCCUAAUUCAACCACAAGCUAUUAAAGCUCUGUGUUUACCUCUGGCCAACCUUUCGAUUCUUCAGACACCUGCCCAAACCUUUGCAGAGGACGUAAACAGGAGCACUGGACAUUGUUGAAUGAUGGACAACUCUGAUAAGCAGGGUUCUAUUUGUCUGUGUAUGGACACUUUAAACAGCAUGUGUGUACACUGUCUGUGAGUUAGCAACAUGUAUUUUGUAGUAGACUUUUUGAAGACAAUUUACAUUCCAGAAAAUAGACCCUUUAUUUUUUGUUCUGAUCUUUAAGAUUUUACAUGGGAGAGUUCUUUCUCACAAGGGUUAUUACUAAAGGAAUUCAUAUAUUGAUUUAUUUAAGUACACGCAAUUUAACUUAUUAUAGGUAGUUUAGGGAAUAAUAUAAAAGUGUUUUAUAAAAGUGUUUCUUUCUACAACUGUUGAUUAAGUUAAACAACAAUGCCACUCGAAUUUUCACUAUGUGUGGAUUUCAUUAAAUUUGGAAUAAAACAUCCCCACUUUGCAAUUAAUGUUACGCACCAUGAGGAACACCACUAAAGAAGGUUAUUGUAAAGGAAAAGUGUUAGUUAUCCUUAUUCCAUGUGUAAUGCAUGCUUUGUUGAACCAAUAUGCUGUAAUUAGGUUAUCCAACAUUGCAAAUUUGAUACGAUAUCCUAAAAAAACAUGAUGAUUUUCAACUUCAUUAAAGAUGCAGAGCACAGGUUAGUCACUAUGCAGUACAAUAAAUAAAAGCACAAUUAUGCUCAAUAGAAGACCACAGGACAUAAUGGGUACAGCAUAUUAAGUCUAUGUUUACUAUUAUGUUAAACCACAACACAAACACAAAUUCUCAGGAUGUGAAAACAAGAAACACAACAGAAUCAAGUACAUUUAUGAAUUUGUUUUUGGACUUUUGGUUAACUUUAUUUAUUUAAAAAAAAUAGCAAUUUUAAUAUUCUGUUUUGGAACCCAUCUUUCUUUGAAACGGUACAAA